UCUGUGGAAGGGCGGGGAGGGCUGUAAUGAUCAAGUUUGCUCAGUGGAGUGGUAGAGCAGGCUUUUGUAGUGAGAGCUGUAGUUAAAACACUUCAUCCCCUCCCUUUUUGUCUGCAUGUGCUUUUCAACUGGAGAUUUAACCAUUCCUCUGAUCUAACUUGUAGAGCUGUGCCUUCAUCUUCAAAACCACCAUGUUUUUGGCCAAAAAAUUCAUAGGAGGGAUUAUCGACGUUGUGAGCAAUAUUGAUCCUAGUCAGUUUGGUUCUUCAGAACCACCUCCUGCCAGAAGACCACUCGUAAACGCCAAUGCUGCGCAAAAUGAAAGUGCUGAGGAAACGCAGUUUCGCAAAGUUUUUCAGCAGCUUGCUGGAGAUGACAUGGAAGUGAGUCCUAGUGAGCUGAUGAACAUUCUCAAUAAGAUUCUGACCAAACAUCAAGACAUGAAGACUGAUGGUUUCACAAUCGAGUCUUGCAGGAGCAUGGUGGCAGUAAUGGAUGGUGAUAGCUCUGGAAAGUUGGGCUUUCAUGAGUUCAAGUACUUGUGGAACAAUAUCAAGAAGUGGCAGGGCGUCUAUAAGUCACAUGAUGCUGACUGUUCUGGGACAAUUGGGGCUGAUGAGUUGCCAGCUGCAUUCAGAGCAGCAGGGUUUCCCCUAAAUGACCAGCUCUUCAAGAUGAUCAUUCGCAGAUACAGUGAUGAAAGUGGCAACAUGGACUUUGAUAACUUCAUUGGGUGUCUGGUGCGACUGGAUGCAAUGUGUCGUGCAUUUAAAACGCUGGACAGUGACAACAACGGUACAAUCAAAGUCAACAUCAAAGAGUGGCUGCAGCUGACGAUGUACUCCUAAAUCAAGAGGAAUCGACCCUGUACAGUUCCGUUUCCCAUCUUUACACUAGAUUCUGUGUUUUUAUUACCAAAUAAAUAGUUCAGAUUAUGCAGUAUCAUGUAGCUUUGUGUUUAAGAUGUGCUUAUAUAUAUAUAUAUAUAUAUAUAUAUAUAUAUAUAUAUAUAAGGACUCUCAGUUGUAGGUUAGAGCUGAAUUCGAGCAGCAGUAGAACUCUGUGGAGUCAUUAUAUUGAGUCAUAAUGAAGUUUGCUGCACCUCAUUACCACAAUACGUUGCACCCUAAUUUAAUUUGGUAAUUCAGUAAUAUUGUAAUUAAAUUAGGCCUCACCCAGUAGAUUAUACUGUUUUGGCACAGACUCUAGUAAACAUUCCCAUGUCUUGUGUUUUGCAAAAAUGUGUAAUAAAACAGUUUACUUCACAA